UCGAGGCUCGGCGUCUCGCACCUCCCGAUUGUUUGUCCCCGCUGAUCCUAGCGGCGGCCGACGCGCCACACCGCCCCGGGACCUCGCCAUGGCUGGGGCGCUCAGGCUGCUCUGUCUGUGGCUGGGCUGCUUCUGCGUGAGCCUGGCGUGGGGAGAGAGACCGAAGCCGCACUUCCCCGAACUGCCCCGGGCUGCGCCGGGAGAUCGCAGCGCAGGUGGCGGCCCGAGUCCCGAGCUGCAGCCGCUCGACAAGGUGUCGGAGCACAUGCUGCGGCUGUAUGACAGGUACAGCGGCGGCGGCCGGGCCCCCGCGGCGCGGAAGCCGGGCUCGCCGGAGCGGGGCUCCCCGUCCCCGCGCCCGCAUCCUCUGCGCCAGGGCAACACCGUGCGCAGCUUCCGAGCCGGAGCAGCAGGAACCCUGGAAAGCAAGGGACUACAUAUUUUUAAUCUGACUUCUCUAACCAAGUCUGAAAACAUUUUGUCUGCCACAUUGUACUUCUAUAUUGGAGAGCUUGUCAACAUCAGCCUUAUUUGCCCAUUGUCCCACGGAUGUUCUGAUGAUGCUCAGAGGAAACACAUCCAGCUAGAUCUCGCUGCAUGGAUCCUCAAACCCAACCAAAAUCAAAAUCAUCUACUGGGUCAUUUGUCAGUCGAUGUCGCUAAACCUCAUCGAGAAAUCAUGUCCUGGCUCUCUAAAGACAUCACUCAGCUCUUGAGAAAAGCCAAAGGGAAUGAGGAGUUUCUCAUAGGAUUUAACAUUACCUCCCAAGUCCAUGAGCUGCCAAACAGGAUGUUACAUUUUCAAGAGCCUUAUAUCUUGGUGUAUGCCAAUGAUGCUGCCAUUUCUGAACCAGAAAGUGUAGUAUCAAGCUUGCAGGGACACCGUAAUUUCCCCACAGGAGCUAUGCCCAAACUGGAUAGUCACAUCAGAGCUGCCCUUUCUGUUGAACGAAGGAAGAAACGCUCUGCUGGGAUCUUACUUCCUCUGCAGAACAAUGAACUUCCUGGAGCAGAGUAUCAGUACAAGGAUGAUGGAGUUUGGGAGGAGAGAAAGCCCUACAAGACCCUUCAGACUCAGCCCCCAGAGAAGAGUAAGAGCAAAAGGAAACAGAGGAAAGGACCUCACCAAAAGACCCAGACCCUGCAGUUUGAUGAACAGACUCUGAAGAAGGCAAGAAGAAAGCAGUGGAUUGAACCGCGAAAUUGUGCCAGGAGAUACCUUAAAGUAGACUUUGCAGACAUUGGCUGGAGUGAAUGGAUAAUCUCACCCAAGUCUUUCGAUGCUUAUUAUUGCUCUGGAGCAUGCCAGUUCCCCAUGCCAAAGUCGUUGAAGCCAUCAAAUCAUGCUACCAUCCAAAGUAUAGUGAGAGCUGUGGGGGUUGUUCCUGGAAUUCCUGAGCCGUGCUGUGUUCCUGAAAAGAUGUCCUCACUCAGCAUCUUAUUCUUUGAUGAAAACAAGAAUGUUGUGCUUAAAGUAUAUCCUAAUAUGACAGUAGAGUCUUGCGCGUGCAGAUAAUAGGGCAAAAAACUCAUUUGAAUGCUUCAUUCAAUCAUUAGAUUAUUCCCAUGGACUUUUAUUUUGCACUGCCAAUGCGUUUGUUCCUAAAGAUUUCUUUUUUUUUAAAUAAUGAAAAGAGAAUGAACAAAUAGAUUGAAGAUAUCCACUAGGCAGAACUGAACUGGAUUUGUUUCUGAAUGUAACUAAAAAGCAAGAUGUUAAAAAUGAUGGCCAUCUAUCUCUUUUCCUUUUAAUUACAAAAGAAAAAACUUUCACUCAAACUCUUUUUGAACUGCUAGAGAACACACUUAUUUUUGUAAUAGGCUUUAAAAGUAGAUCCCCAAAUCCCAGCAGUAGCUAAUCAUUGACCUCUAUUCAUCUACUAUGACUAGAGGGAAACAGAGAGGAAUUUCUUGUUUUUAAUAGGCUUAUUGCCUUAGAUCUCUGUGCAACCCAGCCAGUGCCAAAUAAUCUAAUUAUUUGUGAUGUUUAUAUUAUUUUUUGAGACUCACGUGCCCUUGAUUUUUCUCCACAAGUUCUUGUAAAUCUCUGAAUGUGUGCUCAGUGGUGAAUAGUGUAGAGGCAGGUACCAGAUCUCUGCACCCUCUGGGAAGUCUGCUUGACCGAAUUCGACAACUUGGGCUACACAGAAUUCUUUAUUUUUAACUGUAUGUUCUGGAAAGCUUCAUUUGGUUCUUCUGUAAACCUCACCGAGAAUGAUGUAAUGAUCCAAGAGCAUAUGCAGACAGUGACCACUUAACCAUUUCAAUUGAAAUACUGUUAUUUUUAUUCCAUUGCCUCCAAGAAAGGGAAUCAGCAAUUCAAUUUUUGAAAACCUGCAUGGAGUUACUCUCCUCUUUCACAAGACUUUACAUCCCCCCUCUAAUUUUAACUCAAAAUUCCUUUGUGCAGUACUAGAUGGACUACUAGAAAUCUCCUUUAAAUGAUCAAUUUUGUUACAAUCACAUAUUUAAUAAUUUUUCAGUCACAUGCAGGUUCGGGCAUUCUUCACAUGUAGCAGAGCUUUUGCCUCAGUCAGGGAAUUGACAAUUCAGCAAAGCUUGCUAAAAUAUUAUCCACCAGGAAAGAGAAUCAAAUACAGACUUUAGUCUCCUCUUUUCCCCCAAUGUCCAAUUGUCAUCAUUAACUCCCUUAUAAUUUCGGUCCUUGAAAAUUGUUUCAAAAUAUUUCACUAGUUGUAUUUACUUGAGAGAUAAAAGGUAUGUUUAGGCCUAGAUGGUCACUGAUGUUGUAUUUGUGGUUAGUCUGCAUUUAAGUUCAGCCUCAUCUGGUGAUUAGAAAUAAGUAUCAUGUUUUAGAGGCUGUGUGGUAUCAGAAGUCAUAAGAUUUUUGUUCUAUUUCUUGCUUGUAUCUGUGGAGGUUCAGUCAUCUCAUAAAGACUUGUGUAUCAUCUGUUUUGUAUAAGGCACUAUAUUGACUAUGUAUCUUAAUGCCUGCUCCCAUAAAAUAAAAGGCUGAUCACUUGAGUUGGAUGGCCCUUUGGGAACUAAAAGGUUGGGUUUCUACCAUGAGUUAUUAUGUGCAAAUCUUCCUUGAAGGGAGGAUACUGAUAGAUAAACACAGCAAGUAUUUCUACUAAAAAAUUCAGUGCAGGAGCAGCCUCCCUAUGGCAUUCUCUGUGGUCUAAAUUGUAUAUUAUUGGAAGCCUUUUAAAAGAUGAUAGCCAUUAUAAAGACAUUAUUUGCCACUUUUGAAGUAUAAGUAAGUUGGUGUAGAUAUGUGUUACAGCUCAGACAUACCAGGAGUUAAAAAAAAUGAAUUAAGUUUGUAUGGCUAACUGCUGGAUUUUCUCUUUUUGUUUUGUAAUAAAAAGCUAAUGAUUCAAACAAAGAUAAGGAUGAAAUUACUUCAAAAUACAUUUCCUUACAAAUUUGAAAGCAAAGUUAUAUAAUAGAAAUGGACCAUAUUGGGCAUCAUAUUCUAGUCGUACUGUCUUUCCACAGAGGAUAUGUCUUUUUCCAUGGCAGAUUUGAUGGAAUUUUUGACUUAAUUUCCCCAAAAGAUGAAAUUUCAAGUUUAUGGCCAUUCUUAGUACCAGUUGUCAACUUUUUACGCACAAAUGCCUCUAAUCUUUUAAAAUUUGAAUCAAUGCCUGCUGGUCAUAGAUUAAAUGUUACAGGGAUCAAGAAAUCCUGUACAUAAUCAACAGUUCAUGUACCAACUAAUUACAAUUUUAUUUUAAGAGCAAUUUACAUGAUAAAAUUAACACACAGUGAAAGAGCUUAGACACAGAUUUCUGAGUAACUUCUAAUAAUCAUUUCAGCCUCUACUGAAUAGAUCACAUAUUGUGGGAUAUACAGGAACAAUUUUAUUCCAAAGCAAUAGAUAUUAAUUUUCACUAGUGAAGGAUGAAGUAGAUGGACCAAUAUUUAAAUUAAUAAAAAUGUAUUUUAAAUGAAAAUGUAAGUAUCAAGUUUUCAAUUUAUUAUGUGCUAGUGUCCAUAUUCUUUGUACCUAGACUUCCAAGAAACCUGCCAGUGUUAAAUUGACAUUGACACAGAAAAUACAUUUAUAAGUGCUGUUUCCUCAAUCAAGUGUCCUCGCCUUCUCUCAGUUAUUUUCGCAGCUAUUCCUUGAUAUGUGCUUGCAAGCACACACUUGCACACGCACACACACACACAUCAUUGAAGAAAAGAAUGUUUUCUAAAACUCCAUUUAAGGUAGUUGCAGUAUCUGUCUGGUGUGUUUUAAGACUAAUUUGUUGUAACCAUGUAAAUACUAUUCAAUUGAUAGAAUUUGGAGUUGUAUAACUGAACCUAGAAGAUUGGAUUCUUCAGAUCUCAGGAUUCCAGAUUUUCAUAUCCAUGUACUCUAUUAUCUGGUGAUCACUUAUUCAUCAUUAUUCAAUAUAAUACGUUAUCCUCCUACUAUUUCUGUAUAAAAGCUUCAACUUCCCAUUUAAUGUUUUUAUAAGUAAUUGUUUUGAGUGAUACUGUCAGCACCCUAUGAGCUAUACAAGUUUUCACAUAAUUACACUAAUUGGUUACUCAUGCCAUAGUCACCUUUCUCUGCUAACAAAUAACUACUUGUUGCUGUAUACACACUUUUUGUAACACUUACUACUUAUUGAAGCAAGGCUGGGUGAGAGAACUGUGCUUCCUGACGUGUAACAUUAAAGAGGUGAUUAAGACAUUGUGAGUUAAGUCUGACUUCUCUACACAGCUUUUCUUCCACUGAGAAUUAUAUUCUUGUGUAGUUUGUAAGUGAUAAAAAUGAUCUUACUUUUCUAAAAGUGAAGCCUUCCCUUCAUCUCUUCCUAUUUCUGUAAAUGUUUUAGUGGAGAAUUUAAUGCUUGUACAGUCAAUGGCAAUUAAAUAUAUAUAUAUAUUAUAUGUAUAUGGAAAAACUUUAAAGAUGC